CGGUCACGUUCUCUGGUAUGGUGGUGUGACUAUUAUCCGACAUCGUGAAUAGUAGCAACACUUCAAUGGAGUUUAUAAAUUAAAAAAAUAACGUUAAAAAUCCACCGGAAACCAAAGACAGGUACUUCUUCAACUCAGGAUGCACCCGGACCUGUCGCCACAUUUACACACUGAUGAGUGCAAUGAACUGAUUUCACUGCUCAAACAGUGUCACAGAGAGCACAACUUCCUCCGGUUCUUUGGAACGUGUAACGAUGUGGACCGAUCGAUGAGGGAGUGUCUUAAGAAAGAGUAUCAGGCAAACCGAGAACGCAGCAAAGCUCACGCAGAGGAGAUGAGACGGCGGCUCAGGGACGGACCUAAAGCUCAACCGUGAGAUGGACGUUCUAUUCCAAAAUAGAAAAUGUGAACCAUGUAGGACUCCGGCUUUUCAGGGGAGCUCCUCGGACUUCGCGGACGGCGGAGGAGGUCCUGCGGGGGAUGUUGGAAGACAUUUAAUUCACUCAUACAGGAAUAAAAUAAUAGACAAAUAAUAAUAAUUAAUACUAUUGUACAGCUAUAAGUAUUACCUCACAGCUACGUGCACUCCGAAUCCCAUCUACUGUAUACUCUCUAUGGGGUACAAAUACUUUCAGAGAGUAUCCAGAUUAUUUAUGGAUAAAUGAUUAACGUGGGUUCACACUGAUGGUUAAAAGGCAUUCUUAAACAAUUACGAAGAUCGAAUACAAUUAAAGAAAUACAUCCAAAAUCU